AUGUCUAGCUUACUCAGGGAAGAAAGCAGCGGCGCCCUGGAAACCUGUUUUUCUUCAAGUUUUACGGAUGCACGCUUUCAGGAAAUUCCUGGGAAAUAUGCUCAAAACCGUGGAGCAAUAACUUUUGAUGAAAUCCCUUUUAAAUUUGAUGUUUAUCCUUCUGCUGUUGUAAAACAGGCCUCAGAUUCUACCGCUCUACCCAUGGUGGUGGAGCUUGAACGACCCGCCGAUCAUCAACUACUCACAACAAAAGUGUCAGCGUCGGAGAACAAGAGAAGGAAAGUAGAAACGAAGGUAGAAAUAGAGAAGAAACGUGAGAAACAACGAAAAAGUGUUGGUGACCUGGAAAAAGCGAAGGAAAGCAGGGUGAAGCCUGGUGUAAAGAAUAAGAAGAAAGCUCCUGAGAAGGUACAAACAGAUAAUUAUGCUCAUGUCAGAGCCAGGAGAGGUAUAGCAGCAGACAAACACAGCCUUUCUGAGAGGACAACUGGCAAGACUCAGAUACUGCAUGAAAUUAUUAGAUAUGUUCAAUUCUUACAGCAUCGAGUGGAGUCUUUAGCAGCAAAAUCUGCUCCGAUAGAAUCCAUUUUCAGUGAAUCUGGAAAUGGAGUGUGCUUAGUUACUAACACACUCCUUUUCAAGGAAUUUUCUAGCUUGGAACAGUCAUUGCCUCCCUAUCAUCUAGAAUCCAACUCCACCGACCAGCUUACAGGUUUCACCGCGGCAACACUCAAAUCAACUUCCUCGUUACUUCCUGAUCAGCCAGAAAGGCACCAGAGAUUGAAUAUCACCACUCAAGUGAGAAGGGCUCUGGGCAGAGGUCCGGCGCCCUCGCUGUCUGGCCACCGGAGCACCGUGCCGGCCGCCGCCUUAUCCGCAGUCGUCAGUGGUCGGAUACUUCAAAAGGGACCAGGAGGUUCCUUUCGACGCGAUCUUUCCAGAUCUGGUCUCCUUUUCGUCAGAAACGACCCCGAUCGACGUAGAUCGGGGUUCUAA